UUUACAUGAGUUUACGCCAAACUUAUAUUGAAAAUCAAAUCUAAUUUAAUAUAUAUAUUGUUUUUAGUAUACAUUUACUUAUCGUUUGUCUCUCUUAUAGACUAUUUUUUCAGCUAUAUUUGUGGCAAACAUUUACAAAUCCAUAGUUUAUAUUAAAUUAAAGUUUAUUUACAAUAAAAGUAUUGAAAAUAUAUUUUUCUAUCGAUAUCACCAUUAAGUUAUGUCUAACCCAUUGAAUGCAACCAAUUCCUCGCCGGUUAUGCAAAGAGCUAUCGUUAAACUGGUGCUUUCGGGUGAUUCCCUGAUCAUCAGAGGUCAGCCCAAAGGAGGUCCACCGCCCGAGAAGCAGAUCAACUUAGCCUAUUUGAUUGCACCAAAAGUGGGCCGAAAACUACCGGACGGGUCGACCACUAGUGAUGAGUCGCACGGAUGGGAGUCCCGCGAGUUCUUGAGGACCAAACUGGUGGGCAAAGAGAUACAGUUCCGCACGGAAUAUAAGAUCUCAAUGGGGAACACUCCUCGAGAGUUCGGUUUCCUCUUUCUGGGCGAUGAGAACAUCAACGAUACGGUUGUGUCGGAAGGGAUGGCAGAAGUGGUGCGCAGACAACAAAACAAAGACAACGCCGAAGUGUUGCGUCUCAUAGAACUGGAAGAGUCGGCAAAAGCGGCCCAAAAGGGAAAGUGGGAUAACGUGUCGACCAAACGGGAAGUGCUGUACGACGUGGAGGAGCCACAGAAGUUGGUGAACAAGACGUUCCCCGGAAUCGUAGAACACGUUCGCGACGGCAGUACUCUUCGAGUGGCGCUCACUCUGGAGCCCAAGAAGAGGUACCAAAUGAUAACAUUAAUGUUGAGUGGAAUCCGUUGCCCACAAACUGGUGAACCCUUUGGAGAAGAGGGCCGUUAUUUCACUGAAUCACGACUUCUGCAGAAAGACGUGGACAUCCGCAUCGAGCAGACGAGUGGCGGCGGAAACAGCGCUGCUUUCGUCGGAUCCCUUACUGUCGGCGACAAAAAUAUUGCCGAAUAUCUGAUUAAAGAGGGGUUUGCGAAGUGUUUGGACUGGACUAUAGGCCUCACACACGACCCCAAGAAGUUGCGGACUUUGGAAAGAGAGGCCAAGACUAAGAAGUUGAGGAUUUGGAAGGACUUCAAGGAAACCAAGUUGCGGACUUUGGAAAGAGAGGCCAAGACUAAGAAGUUGAGGAUUUGGAAGGACUUCAAGGAAACCGUUAGGACUAACGGUUCCAAUGAGAGCUUUGAGGCCAAAGUUCUUGAGAUAGUGAACGGCGACGCUCUCGUCGUACAGAACUUAUCCAACAAUGAGGUGAAGAAAGUGUUCAUCGCUUCCAUACGUCCGCCGAGACUUGAGGGCCAAAGAGGGGACGACGACAAAGAGAAGCGACAGUUCCGACCCCUGUAUGACAUCCCGCAUAUGUUUGAGGCGCGAGAAUUCCUUAGGAAGCGACUGAUCGGCAAAAAAGUGAGCGUAAAAGUGGAUUACAUUCAGCCCAAGACCGACAACUUCGCUGAGAAGACCUGUUGUACUGUUAUUCUCGACACUAACAUCAAUAUAGGAGAAGCGCUGAUCAGCAAAGGGUUGGCCACUGUUGUCAAGUAUAGACCGGAUGACGACGCGAGGGCC